UGUUGAGGGAGCGUGAGGUAUAUAAGGGCUGUGAGCCUCACCACUCACACUACACCAGCACACACCCGCCAGCAUGGCCAAGCUUCUCCUACUCCUCCUGACUGUUGGGACGUGCUGCUGGGCUCAGCUCCUCGUCAGUCCUCCCUCACGCAACUGCCAUGAGUUGGAAGCGGCAGACGAGAGUUCCCAGGCUGUGAAGCAACUUCCUGAGUACGUUGCUGGCGAGGAGAUGCUGGUGAAGGCCCAGGUGCCGCAUGUGGAGAAAGGGGUCUUCGAGUUCUACCUCUGCCCUAAGACAGGCCCCGGGGAUGAAGACUGCCUCAUGAGGUGGCCCUUGGAGAUAUCCGGGGUGGAAGGCCGUCAGUAUAAGAUGGAUAAGAAUACCCAGGGAGGAGAGUACAAUAUACCUCUCAUCAUACCUGCCCACUUCACCUGUGAUUCCUGCACUCUUCAGUGGACAGUGGUGUCGGAGCAAUGCUCUCCUGAGGACGGUGUCGUCGGGGCCGGUUCCUCCUGCUCCAACCAGCGGACCACACUCUGCUCGGACAUCUCCAUCAUGGAGCGAAAACGGCGUGAGAAGAGAUUCUGGAGUUUUAUCAAAAAUAUCUUCAGCGGGCUUUUUGGUUGAGUUUUCCAAAACCAAUCAUAAUUCAUAUGGAGCUAUCCAACCCAAUCCUAACACAUAUGGAGCUCCAACACAAUCCAUAUAUACCUGGAGCUAUUCAAGCCGAUCCAAAUAUACCUGGAGCUAUCCCACCCAAUCCAAAUUAUACCUGGAGCUAUCCAACAGUCAAAAUUUAGGUUAAAAAGCUGGCCAUUGA